AUGUCAGACAUGGAGGAGGUCUUGGAGAGGCAAGAGCGAGAAAUAAGAGAAAGAAGGCGUAGACGAGCUGCAAGCAAACGAGCGCAAAGAGAUCUAGAUCAGCAACUUGUCAUGGCUGUGGCCAUGCUUGAUGAAGAAAACCAGAGCAGUCGUGGUUCACAUGAAGGCCGUGCCCCAAAUGUUGACAAACAUAGGCAUUCUUAG